AACAGUGUGAGAGCAACAUCAACAGGCCACUGAAACUCUUGAACCAACCAUGCAAUUCGAUGACUAUGAGAAUAUGAACUUGACACUUGACUUUAAUUACACACUGCCUGUGUUUCCUACUGAUAAUCUCACCCCUGAGAUCCAACCGGUCCAGAUAGUGGCUCUGGUCUUCUAUGGGCUUGUGUUCUUGCUGGGUGUUCCUGGAAAUGCUCUGGUGGUGUGGGUGACAGGCUUCUGCAUGCAACGCUCUGUCACAUCCCUGUGGUUCCUCAACCUCGCCGUGGCCGAUCUUCUGUGCUGCCUCUCUAUCCCUCUGCUCAUGGUCCCUUUAACCCACGAUGAUCACUGGCACUUUGGCCCGCUGGCCUGCACAUUGGUAAAGGGUAUGUUUUACCUGGUGAUGUACUGCAGUGUCCUGCAGCUGGUUUUGAUCAGCGUGGAUCGCUGGUUGAUGGUCAGCAGACCCGUUUGGUGCCAGAACAACAGACGACCAAAGCAGGCAGCCUGUGGGUGUGUUGUUGUGUGGUGCCUGGCUCUGAUAGGCAGCAUCCCCCAGUUUGUCUACACCAAGGAGAUCGAAGCAGGUGAAGACAAGCGAGAGUGCCUGACGGUGAACACUGAAUUGAGUGCUUGGGUGGUCACCUUCUUCCGCUUCUUCCUGGGAUUCUUACUCCCUUUCCUGGUUAUUGUAACCUGUCACUGGGUGGUGUACAGGAGAGCAGAGCAUGGACUGUCACGUGGUCGGACCCGUUCUAAGAGAACAUUGAGGGUCAUCGCCGCCGUGAUACUGAGCUUCUUCCUGUGCUGGCUACCUCUGCACAUUAUAGACUUCCUCCUUUUGAUUUUCCGUCGAAAUUCCGAUCACAGCCCAAAUAUUUACCUGGCAAACAUUUUAGCACUCUGCCUGGCGUAUUUCAACAGCUGCCUCAACCCACUGCUGUAUGUGUGUCUGGGCCGAGGCUUUAAACAGAGUAUGAACCGCUCUCUGCGCAACAUGCUCCAGUUCAUCAGCGAGGACCCUACGACCAGGAUGAGCAUCGCCACCACUGAUACAAAGAGCUCCAGCAAUGGAAAGGAAAUGACAAAAAUCUGAUCAUGUAUUGGCUUUGUCGUCACUAUUCUCACAUUACUCCUGUCAUUCAAGCUGAUGUUUGGAAGUGCUUAACAGGAGUGAACUUUCCUUACUCUCUUCUCUGAGCUUGGAUAACCACUGGCUUUCACCAUAAACCAUCAGUGCUUUUACAAUUAAUCCUGUGACAUAAACUGUAAAUCAUUUUAAGAUGGUCCACCGUAAGGAAUGUAAAUAAAAAUGUAAGUAAGUCUUCAA